CCUGUGCGCAGCCGCCAAGGAUCGCUUCCGGGGGCGGGUCAGCGGAAGUGAGGGCGGUUGAGGCUGGGCUGCCCGCUGCGGUAGGAGGGGCCGUGAGGUGAGUCCCGGAGCCGGAGUCUGAGGAAAAGAAAUCUGGUGUUCCUUAAGAUGGCCUGAUAUGAAGGAGUCACGCCUCCAGCCUCCCCAAGCCCCCGGAGCUGCCCUGUGGCUGCCUUGUCCUUCAAGUGCAGGAGCCGGUUGAAAUGUCAGGAAUGGAAGCCAGUGUGACCAUCCCAAUCUGGCAAAACAAGCCACAUGGGGCUGCUCGCAGUGUAGUGAGAAGAAUUGGGACUAAUCUGCCCCUGAAGCCAUGUCCCCGGGCAUCCUUUGAGACCCUGCCCAACAUCUCUGAUCUGUGUCUGAGGGAUGUACCCCCAGUCCCUACUCUGGCUGACAUCGCCUGGAUUGCUGCAGAUGAAGAGGAGACAUAUGCCCGGGUCAGGAGUGACACCCGGCCCCUGAGGCAUACCUGGAAGCCCAGCCCUCUGAUUGUCAUGCAGCGUAAUGCCUCAGUGCCCAACCUCCGAGGGUCCGAGGAGAGGCUUCUGGCCUUAAAGAAGCCAGCCCUACCAGCCCUAAGCCGUACCACGGAGCUGCAAGAUGAGCUGAGCCACUUACGUAGCCAGAUUGCUAAAAUAGUGGCAGCUGAUGCAGCUUCGGCUUCAUUAACGCCAGAUUUCUUAUCUCCAGGAAGUUCAAAUGUCUCUUCUCCCUUACCUUGUUUUGGAUCCUCAUUCCACUCUACAACUUCCUUUGUCAUUAGUGACAUCACCGAGGAGACUGAGGUUGAGGUCCCUGAGCUUCCAUCAGUCCCCCUGCUUUGUUCUGCCAGCCCUGAAUGUUGCAAACCAGAACACAAGGCUACCUGCAGCUCAUCUGAAGAGGAUGACUGUGUCUCUCUGUCCAAGGCCAGCAGCUUUGCAGAUAUGAUGGGGAUCUUGAAGGACUUUCACCGGAUGAAACAGAGCCAAGAUCUGAACAGGAGUUUAUUGAAAGAGGAAGACCCUGCUGUCCUUAUCUCUGAGGUCCUAAGGAGGAAGUUUGCUCUGAAGGAAGAAGAUAUUAGUAGAAAAGGAAACUGACAGAACUCAGCUCUGCAAAUUCAGUCUCAUGCUCCUGGAAUUCCUUCAAUAGCUGCCUUCCUCACCAGAGACCUGGCUGCCUCUCAGUUAGAAAUCUUCUGCAACAGUCUUACUGAAAGCUGGAGCUUGGACUGAAAGAGAAGAGUUGGAUCACGCUUCCUUUGCUUCAAACCUUAGCAAAAGCUAAGGCCUGUUUUGCACCAAGACUCUUGUUACAGGUAAAUGUAUAGUUGGAAUGUCUCAGUCUAAAUGGUGAGACAGAAGUUUGGUUUUUCCUUGCCUCUACGUGAAAAUAGGUCCUAAAUGAAUGGCUUACUUCACUGCAUUAGACCCCAUAACUGGUCUCACGGACACUCUGUGCCCAGCUGUCACUCUCAGCAGCUUCCUUGUAGCAGAGCAGAGCUGAGGGGUAAGGGGCUAUAAAUGUAUGUGUUGACAGGGGCAGGCAGAAUCUUAUGCUGCUCCAUCAUAAACUGACACCAGUGCCCAACAAUCACCCUCUCUCCCUUCCCUCUCCCUAGAUGUAGAGGUCGGACCUCUGGACCAGCUGACACUUGGGCUGCUGCUGGGAGGCCUGGGCUGUUUUUUUCUUAAAUAUAUUUUGUAAUACUGUACAACCAAAUCUACUCUCCCAGGCCCUGGGGCCUCAUGGGUUCCACUGAUAGAAAACACUUUCUCUUCCAUGGACUUGACUUUAAGCCCAGUAGGAAAGAGAAAUGGGAAGGAGAAACAGCACCAUCCUUCUUCCAGGCCCUUGACCGCCCCUUUUGCAUUGGGCCAAGGUUUGUACCUACCACACCAUGCAUGACUCAGACGCCCUCAGGUCCCUUUCUCUACGGUAUGUAUCCUGUGUGUGUUUGGGUUGAAGCACUACCUGAUAUUAAAUGAAGGAUAUGGAGA